UUUCCCUUGGCUAUGGAAACUCUAUAAGAGAAAUCCAGCAUCCCUUCUCUUGUGCAGUCAGCAGCAGGCCCAUCCUUGACACUUCAGCCUCCCCAGAAUUGAGAAGUAAAACCAUUUGCUGGGGCCGGCCAGAGUCACCAGCUGCCAUGCAGCAGCCCUUCAACUACCCAUACCCCCAGAUCUACUGGGUGGACAGCAGUGCCAGCUCUCCCUGGGCCCCGCCAGGCUCAGUUCUCCCCUGUCCGACCUCUGUGCCCAGAAGACCUGGUCAAAGGAGGCCACCGCCACCACCACCGCCACCGCCGCCCCUGCCUUCAUUACCGCUGCCACCCGUGAAGAAGAGGAGGGAUGGCAGUACAGGCCUGUGUCUUCUUGUGAUGUUUCUCAUGCUUCUGGUGACCCUGGUUGGAUUGGGGCUGGGGAUGUUUCAGCUCUUCCACCUGCAGAAGGAGCUGGCAGAACUCCGAGAGUCCAUCAGCCAAAGGCAUACAGCCUCAUCUUUAGAGAAGCAAAUAGGCUAUCCCAGUCCACCCCCUGAAAAAAAGGAGCCGAGGAAAGUGGCCCAUUUAACAGGCACACCCAGCUCGAGGUCCAUCCCUCUGGAAUGGGAAGACACCUACGGCCUUGCCCUGCUCUCUGGAGUGAAGUAUAGGAAGGGUGGCCUUGUGAUCAAUGACACUGGACUGUACUUUGUGUAUUCCAAAGUGUAUUUCCGGGGUCAGUCCUGCAACAACUGGCCCCUGAGCCACAAAGUCUACAUGAGGAACUCUAAGUACCCUGCGGAUCUGGUGAUGAUGGAGGGGAAGAUGAUGAACUACUGUACUCCUGGACAGAUGUGGGCCCGCAGCAGCUACUUGGGGGCAGUAUUCAGUCUCGUCAGUGCAGAUCAUUUAUAUGUCAACGUAUCUGAUCCCUCUCUGGUCAAUUUUGAGGAAUCCAAGACAUUUUUUGGCUUAUAUAAGCUCUAAGAAAAGCACUUUGGGAUUCUUUCCAUCAUGAUUCCUUACUACGAGCACUGAGAGUGUU